AUGGCUUCUGCUGCGUGCACGUCCACGGCCAUCUUGGUCCUCCUUGUUUCUCUGGCUGCCAUGGUCACCACCGCGGACGCCAGGUUCAGGGCCAUGCAGUGGACUCCCGCCCACGCCACCUUCUACGGCGACGAGACUGCGGCAGAGACGAUGGGCGGGGCGUGCGGGUACGGCAACCUGCACACGGCAGGGUACGGCACAGACACGGCGGCGCUGAGCACCACACUCUUCCUGGACGGCUACGGGUGCGGCACAUGCUACCAGAUACGGUGCGUGGGCGCGCCGGACUGCUACAGGGGCUCGCCGGUGAUCACAGUGACAGCAACCAACCUGUGCCCACCCAACUGGGCGCAGGACUCCAACAAUGGUGGGUGGUGCAACCCGCCGCGCACCCACUUUGACCUCGCCAAGCCGGCCUUCAUGAAGAUGGCCUUCUGGCGCGCCGGCAUCGUCCCCGUCAUGUACCGCAGGGUGCCAUGCAUGCGCCAGGGCGGGAUCCGGUUCGCGUUCCAGGGGAACCCACACUGGAUGCUGGUGUACGUGAUGAACGUGGCCGGCGCCGGUGACGUCGGUGAGAUGUGGGUGAAGGGGAGCGCCGGCGGCGAGGGGUGGGUGCGCAUGAGCCACAACUGGGGCGUAUCCUACCAGACGGGAGGGCAGCUCACCGGCCAGGCGCUCAGCUUCAAGCUCACCUCCUACACCACUGGGCAGACUAUCCUCGUCCCCGACGCUGCACCGUCGACCUGGAGCAUCGGGCUCACGUACCAGGCCGGCGCCAACUUCAGAUAG